CUUCUCCCCCCACUUCCAUUUCCUUCCACCGUGACUCGCCAUCAGGGCAGGAGCCAGUGAGUCGGUCUCGCCCCCUCCCCAGUAGUCGCUCGCUCGUAAGAAAAAAAACCCCUCUCGUCUCCUUCUCCCCCACGCGCACCACGCGUACGCGGACGAGGAAGCGGAGCGAAUGGCGGCGACCCCCACGCGCCAUUAGAGCCGUGCCGAGUCGAGGCAAAGGCAAAGCGAGGAGCGGCCGGCAGGGGGCAUCUCAUUCUCCGCAGUAGCCCUGGUCCCGGCAGCAGGAGGGGAAGAUUCGGGCGCUCUCCACGAGGAGGGAUGGGCAGCUACGCCUACAGGUACUGCAUGUGCUUCACCCGCAAGUUCCGGUCCCCGGACGCGCACCCGCCCCCCGACGUCCGCGCCGCCCACGCCGCCGCCGGGGCCGCGCACGGCGACGACGGCCUCCGCCGCUUCCUAGCCGACGUCCAGCGCGAGGACCCCGCCGAGGCCGACCGCGUCCUCGCCGCGCUCGCCGGCGGCGGCGCCGCCGGCGGGAUCGCCCGCUUCGUCGGCAGGUCCCCCGCAGCCGCGCUGCCCACGCUCGACGACUUCUUCGGCUUCCUCUUCUCGCCGGACCUCAACCCGCCCAUCUCCAACAAGGUUCACCAGGACAUGUCGGCCCCGAUCUCUCAUUAUUAUGUAUUCACGGGUCAUAAUUCUUACUUAACCGGAAACCAGCUCAAUAGUGACUCCAGCGAUGUUCCAAUCAUAGCAGCAUUGCAGAAUGGCGUGCGAGUGAUUGAACUCGAUAUGUGGCCAAACUCCGCAAAGAACUGUGUUGACAUUCUGCAUGGAGGGACAUUGACUGCACCUGUAGAAAUCAUGCGAUGUUUAAAGUCCAUUAAAGAAUACGCUUUCUGCGCUUCGACAUAUCCUCUUGUAAUUACUCUUGAAGAUCACCUCACAGCAGAUCUCCAAGCCAAAGUAGCCGGGAUGAUCACGGAAACAUUUGGAGACCUCCUUUAUGUCCCUAGUUCAGACACACUAAAUGAGUUCCCUUCUCCAGAAGCUCUAAUGAAAAGGAUAAUCAUCUCAACUAAACCACCACAAGAAUUCAGGGAAUUUCUCAAAGCUCAGGAUAAUCAGAAAAUCGGUGGAAAUACAGAUAAACUGGCAGAGGAAGGAAACUUGAGAAGAAUAGAUUCAAAUGCUGAUGAUUCAGAUGGCAAGGAUGACCCGGAUGACGAAGAUGACGAAGAAUCUGAGGAAGAGGAUCCUAAAUUUCAGCAGGAUACAGCCUGUGAGUAUAGGAAACUAAUAACCAUCCAUGCUGGCAAACCAAAAGGCCAUUUGAAGGAUGCUCUUAAGGUCGAUCCUGACAAAGUCAGACGUCUUUCUUUGAGCGAGACACAGUUGACUAAAGCAACAGCUUCUCAUGGUGCUGAUAUCAUUAGGUUUACUCAGAAGAAUAUACUAAGGAUUUAUCCGAAGGGUACAAGGAUUAAUUCUUCUAACUAUGAUCCAAUGAAGGCCUGGACUCAUGGUGCGCAGAUGGUUGCAUUUAACAUGCAGGGGCAUGACAAAUCGCUAAGAUUAAUGCAAGGAUUUUUCAGAGCCAACGGGGGCUGCGGAUACGUUAAAAAGCCUGACUUCUUGCUAAAGACAGGCCCAAAUGGUGAAGUGUUUGAUCCCAAAGCGAGCCUGCCGGUGAAGAAGACUCUCAAGGUGAAAGUAUAUAUGGGGGACGGGUGGCGCAUGGACUUCAGUAAGACUCAUUUUGACGCCUUUUCUCCACCCGAUUUCUACGCCAGGGUGGGGAUCGCCGGGGUGCGGGCGGACUGCGUGAUGAAGAAGACCCGGACGAUCGAGGACCAGUGGGUGCCGGUGUGGGACGAGGAGUUCACGUUCCCGCUGACGGUGCCGGAGCUGGCCCUCCUGAGGGUGGAGGUCCAGGAGUACGACAUGUCAGAGAAGCACGACUUCGGCGGGCAGACGUGCCUGCCGGUGAUGGAGCUGAAGCAAGGGAUCCGCGCCGUGCCUCUCCAUGACCGCAAGGGCAACAGGUACAAGUCCGUCAGGCUCCUCAUGCGCUUCGAGCUCAUCUAGCCUCUCUCUCUCUCUCUCUUUCUGUGUGCAACCAUCUAUCCAUGAGAUGAGAAGCGGCGAGGUGGAUGGGCUAAAACAUCAACAUUGUGGGGUUGUGGUUCAGUCAGCCUGGUGUUAUAAUUAUGUGGUGGUAGGAGUAGUCAUCUUGCUGGAAUAAUGAUAAUGUUCUUGUGUAGUCAGUCAGAGAGUUGUGUUAAAAACUGUUAUCUGCUGUGCUAGUUACUGCAGUGGGGAGGAAAAGUGCAGUCAGUAUAUACUGGGGUAAGUACGAUUUUUGUGACAGGAAUAAGUGUUCCAUUUUGGAGCUACAUAGCUCUGCGUUA